AUGGGGAAGAUUGAGUCAGGAGAGAUUGGAGAGGUAGAUCCUCUGCCCGAUAGUGGCAACAGCCUGGCUCUAAUUAGAUAUGCUAGGCGGGCUGUGAGCAGUCACUCUCCACAGCACGCCGAGAGAGGAGGCAGCCUGAGAGAGGAGGACAGAGGAAAACUAUCUGCUCAUCUGUCUGUCCAGCGCCUUCCUCUGGGCAUCCACCAGAUGCAAUUGCAGUGCAACCCCUGUGCUGAGGAGUCUAAAGCUGAGAUGAAGAUGAGGAGGAGGCGGAGGAGAAAGCAUUCACAAGGGAUCAUUGUGCUGCAGGAUUACAAAGUACACAGGAUUCAAACUGACUGGUUGUGGGAUGACGAGCAUCCUUUUCUUGCACGGAUUUGCUUAAAGCAUUAUUUUAGAACAUCAGGAUGGAUUGCUCUCAUCCAUGAUUUCAGAUUAGUUCCUGAUUUCCAGCGAUUGGACUCAUACCUGAAGUGUUGCCCUGUUGUAAAGAAACACUGGGCUUGCGGAGAGAAGACAAGCGGAGCUCCAGACAGAGAGCGGCGCUGCGCGGCACCGCGCUCCGACCUACAGCAGCCAGGCGCUGGGAUCCGGACCGCGCGCCAUGGCUCCCCGGGCUUAUGGAAGGUGGCGACAUGAGGAAUGGAUGCGGGAUGAGAGCCGGGAGAUUGAGGCGCUGCAGUCGGACUCACUGGAAGCGGCAUGAAGAUUUGGAGGAAGUUGAGUGAAAUGCCAUCGUGUUUAAUUUCUGCCAAUCAAGAGAAGAGGAAGACAACUCCCAAAGUGUCAGUGAUGCUGAUGGUGGAACAUCUUCAUGGCCCAAGAAAUAAAGAAGAUGCUGACAUUUGACACUCCCACAUACGCACAAUGAAAAGUGAAAAUAUAUAUAAUUCGAAGGUAAAAAUGAUUCCAGGUGGAAAAACAACUAUCAAAAGGAAUCAACAUGGACUGGAAUGACUUGGAAAGAAGUAAAAGAGGAGGAACAGCCUUCAAAAAGACUCCAGAAGCAAACCAGAAUAAUCUGUAUUAAAACAUCUUGAUUUAAAAAGAGAUAUCUAUUAGUAGUUUCUUGAAAAGUCAGUAAUUGAUUUACUUAUUAUUAACAUGGAGAUUCUGUAACUGUAUAAAAACAUUGUCUUAUUGUUAGAGCUUUUUUUUUUUUUUUUACCUGAGUUGAUAUGUUUUCAAUCUUAUUUUAAUUAAAUAAUGUUUUUUUAAAUAUAUGUUUGAGAUUUCCACUGCUUAAAGAGAGGGUCCAGUUUUUUACAUUGCAAAAACUACACUGAUAAGAUUUGCUAAAUAAGUACCUUAUAAAAAUUGGGAAUAUUAAAACCUAAUAAAUAUAAUAACAAAUAGUAAUAAAGAAAAUGUAUUUCCUUUUUUUUAUAUGUUUGCAACAUUACAUUCAGCUUUUGAGACAUUUGGUUAACAAGACAAAAGUGACUUUGGUUUUUUUGACAAUGAAGUAAAGAUCUGACAAAUUACAGACUGUGUUUUAGUUCAACAUCGGCUAUAGUUAAGUGGUAUGAUUUGUUUUACUUUAUUAUUUUAAAGUGUACAUGGGUGAAAGGGAUUCCUUUUUUUUAUUAUGCACUAAAUGUUAAAUAUGUAAAAAAUACAAAAAAAACUGCCAGCAUGAAAAGUUUCUUUAAA